UGGCAUGUAUACCGAGCACCAGCGAAGAGCAAAGAUGGCGGCCACCAUGAACGCAGAAAGUACAAAACAGCCGGUGAUAACACCCACAGAAAAUCGCGAUGCAAUGGCUGCUGGGAUGUUAGAACUAUUGAAACCGGCAGUACAGGAAGUAGAUGAAAGGGUGCGGCUAGUGAGAGAAAGUCAGCUAGAUCUCAGACAGCAGAUUGAAGAACUUGAUGAAGUUUUGAAGCAGCUGGGUCAGGCACGUGAACCUCCCAUUGAGCUUGAUCCCUACGUGAAGAAGCUGAUGAACUCCAAACGCAAGAUAGCCGUCAUCAGCAACAUCGUUCAGAAUGCUCAGGAUCGACUUAGCAAACUUCAUUUGCAUAUCGCCAAGACGUCGGCCAAACGGAAGUCCCUGGUUGACUUCCCCGGGGGUUCCAUUCUGUGACCCUCUCUGCCCCCCUCUCACUCCACCCUUCUGUAAUCCCCACCUCCAUGAGAGGGUGCGUAAACUUCAGCAGCGCAUCGGCAAGGAGUCAGGGAAGAAACUGAGCCACUUGUACCCAUCCAGCACCGAUGCCGUUACCCUUCCAGCUGGCAUGGUUGGUGCUACGCUACCUCCCCCCGAGGUCCAACCGGCAGAGAAUACUUAAUCAUAUUGUUGAUUUUAAUGUUUGUUUUCUGAUGCUGUAUAUAUUAUAAAUAAAAAAAAAUUGCCAUUUCUGAAAUCUUGGGUUAAGCUUCGUCUUCUUAAUUGUCAUCAUCAUCAUGUCGGUUUUAAGGCCGUUGUCCAGUCUGUUCUGGGUUGGCCUGCUUUCUCCCUAUGGCUCUCCUCCACUUGGCCCUGUCCGUCGCAUCCCUUGCAUUGACUCCAAGCAGUCGCAUGUCAUCUGACACGGAGCUCUGCCAAGUCUUGCGCGGUCGGCCGACGGGUGUGGGCCCACCCACAAUUACGUUGGUACACCUCUUGACCCUUUCUCUCCACAUGACCAAACCACCUCAGCCUGUGCCUCCUCAAUACGAUGCCGAUCCCCUCCACUCCCACUCUCCUCCUCAGCUCCUCGCUUGUAGGUCAUAAUUUUAGGUCCCUGCACUGUUACAGAAACACCAGACUCUCUACAUGUAGAACAUGAAUGUUUUUCAUAUUUGUAAACAUUAAAGAGAACACAGUGUUUCUGGGGCCAAGGUUGAAGCCUUAGCUGAAGCUAAGGUUUUAGAAAUGGCAAAUAAGUCUAAACAAGUUGUGUACAAAUGGAAGGUUAAAUUUGGUUUGUUGUCAGUUACUUUGCAAAUUGUGGGCACAGUUUAUGAAGCUGCUAUGUGCCCUUCUAAAUUCAGGACGAGCUCUGGAUACGUUGCGGGUAGAAUCAUUCACUUUGUUCGGAAGAAGCUCUGCAUUUGUCCCGGACAUGUUUCUGGAAUUUUUCAUCAGCGACUGCUUGACUCACCAAUACUUAUGUACAUGUAACUUCAUUGUGGGAAGAUUGGGGAGUUGUUCAGAAUCUUGCAACUUAUACCUGAUACAAUGCCUGCAACUUGUCCUGAAUAUGAAUUGAGACGAGUCCCAAGUAUGGAUAUCCGCUUAGCACAGAAGAUGACAUGCUUAGCAUCUUAUCUUUAACUAGGUUUUACAGGCGCUUUACAUUCCUCUGAAUGGGCAAAAACAAAUUGACUGCAAUGGUACAAAUGAAAACAAAAACAACACAAAAGACUCAUCUGAGUUAUUCAAAUCAAUAGCAUCACAUUUCUUUAAUUUUUUUAGAAGUUUAAAGUAAAAAAAGGUAAAUAUGUUUUAAAAUAAAUCAUCUUGGUUUCAUCUCUCAUUUGUUUUAUAAUUUAUAUCGUAUAUUUGUUUACAGAGUUCCUCUAUCUGUAAAGGAAAUUGUUGAUUUUUUGUUUUGGUUUAAAAUAUGUAUACUAUUUUUAAAGUGCAAUAACAUGCUAAAAUAAAAUGAAUGAAACUAAAA